AUGGAGUUUCCACCACAGACCUUAGAAGUCCUUUCCGAUACAAUCUCUGUGAUCACUUCGCAUGAUUUUGUUUUUUCCCGAGAAAAAUCAAGUCAAAUUAAACAUCAACACCUGUUCGCCAUAAUUGAUGCCAUGGGUGAGGCAUCAACAAAGGCGCAAGGUCUCAGUAAAGUCAUUACUACCGCCGAAAAGCUGAAAGAAUCGUCACAUCGCCUUUACAUAAUCAAAGACACACAAAGCACAAAAGUAAUUGGAAUCCUCAAAGUUGGAAAGAAAAAAUUGUUCAUUGUGGUAGGAAUUCUUUCUCGAACGGAUUCAUUGGAUCAA